GAGAAUUCUUUAUAUAAUUUGGAUACUAGUAUUUUCUUGGAUAUGUGGUUUGCAGAAAUUUUAGCUAAACUUUUUCAAUUUUCCUAAUUGUUAUUGGUGUCAGCUGUUAAGAACUCAUAGCCUGGUUGCAGAUCCUGAAGUUACUUUAUUUUCCUAAAGUAGUUUUAUGUCUAUGCCCAUGAUCUAUUUUAACUUAGUUUUUAACCCUAUGAUUUCUUUUAAAGAUUUAUUUUUAAUUAUUUGAGUGACAGUUACAGGGAGAGGAGAGGGAGAGAUGUAUCUUCCAUCUGCUGGUUCACCUCCCCAAAUGGCUGGGACUGGGCGAGGCCGAAGUCAGAAACCUAGAACUUCAUCCCGGUCUCCCAUAUUGCUAAGGGACCAAAGUACUUGGGUCUUCUCCCACUGCUUUUUUUGUGUUUGUUUUUGACAGGCAGAGUUAGUGAGAGAGAGACAGAGAGAAAGGUCUAUCCUUCCGUUGGUUCACCCCCAAGUGGCCGCUAUGGCCGCACGUUGUAGCUGGCAUGCUGUGCCAAUCCGGCGCCAGGAGCCAGGUGCUUCCUCCUGGUCUCCCAUGCGGGUGCAGGGCCCAAGCACUUGGGCCAUCCUCCACUGCCUUCCUGGGCCACAGCAGAGAGCUGGACUGGAAGAGGAGCAACCAGAACAGAAUCCAGCGCCCCAACCAGGACUAGAACCCGGGGUGCUGGCACUGCAGGCGGAGGAUUAGCCUAGUGAGCCGUGGCGCCGGCCCUCCCACUGCCUUUGCAGGUGCAUUAGCAGGGAGCUGGAUCAGAAGUGGAGCAGUCAGGACAUGAUCCAGCACCCAUAUGGCAUGCUGGUGUCAACCCACUGCACCACAACACCAGCCCCGCCCUACAGACUUCGAUGUGUUGUAUUUUCAUUUAGCUCAGUGUGUUCAUUUCCCUCGAGGCUUCCUCUUUGACAGGCUGUUUAGAAGUGUGUUCUUCAGUUUCUAAGAGGUUGGAGAUUUUUUACUUAAAUUUCUGUAGGUGCUUGCCAAAUUGAUUCUUAUGUGGGUCAGAGAACACAUACUAUAUAUUUCUUUUAAGUUUGUAGCCUUUGUUAUGGCUCGAACAGUACUUGGAACCCCAGACUCUUGUAGACUUUUAAGCCCCCAAAUCUGAUGUUCAUGAUUCAUGGAUUCACGGUUGAUGGAUUCACUGUGGAGGGUUGAUUCAGUGUGGUAUCUGAAGGGAUUCGUCUACGCUCUUAUCAACUGGAGGGAGUCAACUGGUUGGCCCAGCGAUUCCAUUGUCAGAAUGGCUGCAUCCUGGGAGACGAGAUGGGGCUGGGUAAGACCUGUCAGACUAUUGCCCUCUUCAUUUACUUGGCGGGACGGUUAAAUGAUGAAGGACCGUUUCUGAUUCUUUCUCCCUUGUCUGUUUUGAGCAACUGGAAAGAAGAGCUGAAGAGAUUUGCUCCAGGUCUUUCGUGUGUCACAUAUGCAGGAGACAAGGAGGACAGAGCCCGCCUUCAGCAAGACCUAAAACAGGAGUUACAGUUUCAUGUGCUGCUGACCACCUAUGAGAUUUGCUUGAAAGAUGCUUCAUUUCUAAAAUCCUUCCCUUGGAGUGUUCUUGUUGUGGAUGAAGCUCACAGGUUGAAAAACCAAAGCUCCCUGCUGCAUAAGAUACUUUCAGAGUUCUCAGUAGUCUUCAGUCUCCUGCUGACCGGAACGCCCAUCCAGAACAGCCUCCAGGAGCUCUACUCCCUCCUCAGUUUUGUGGAGCCUGAUCUCUUUUGCAAAGAACAGGUGGAAGAGUUUGUUCAGCGUUACCAGGAUAUUGAGAAAGAGUCGAAGUCAGCAAGCGAGCUGCACGAGCUCUUGCAGCCGUUUCUGCUGAGGCGAGUGAAGGCUGAGGUGGCCACGGAGCUUCCCAAGAAGACGGAAGUGGUGCUGUACCACGGCCUGUCCGCGCUGCAGAAGAAGUGCUACAAGGCCGUCUUGAUGAAGGACCUGGAUGCAUUUGAAAAUGGGAUGGCAAAGAAAGUUAAACUUCAGAACAUCUUAUCCCAGCUUCGAAAGUGUGUGGAUCACCCUUAUUUAUUUGAUGGUGUGGAGCCAGAGCCUUUUGAAGUUGGAGACCACCUAAUCGAAGCCAGUGGGAAACUUCACCUGCUGGAUAAGCUCCUGGCAUUCCUGUAUUCCAGGGGCCAUCGGGUUUUACUUUUCUCCCAGAUGACCCAGAUGUUGGAUAUUCUCCAAGACUAUAUGGAUUACAGAGGCUACAGUUACGAGCGUGUGGACGGGUCCGUGAGAGGCGAGGAGAGAUACCUGGCCAUCAAGAACUUUGGACAGCAGCCCAUUUUUACUUUUCUCCUGAGUACCAGAGCAGGUGGAGUUGGCAUGAACUUAACAGCAGCAGACACUGUUAUUUUUGUGGACAGCGAUUUCAAUCCCCAGAAUGACCUGCAGGCAGCUGCCAGAGCCCACCGAAUCGGCCAGAACAAGUCUGUCAAAGUUAUUCGGCUGAUUGGCCGAGACACCGUGGAAGAAAUCGUCUAUAGGAAAGCAGUCUCCAAACUGCAGCUCACCAACAUGAUCAUAGAAGGAGGCCAUUUCACGCUGGGAGCCCAGAGACCCUCGGCAGAGGCGGACCUCCAGCUGAGUGAGAUACUCAAAUUCGGUUUGGAUAAACUGCUGUCCUCUGAGGGGAGCACCAUUGAUGAAGUCGAUCUGGAGGCCAUCCUGGGAGAAACGAAAGAUGGACAGUGGGUCUCUGAUGUCUUGCCUGCAGCAGAAGGAGGGGACAGAGAGCAAGAGGAAGGAAAAAACCACAUGUACUUAUUUGAAGGUAAAGAUUAUUCCAAAGAGCCUAGUAAGGAAGACAGAAAAUCAUUCGAACAACUGGUGAAUCUUCAGAAAACCCUUUUGGAGAAGACUACUCAAGAGGGCCGGUCCCUGCGAAACAAAGGCAGCGUUCUCAUCCCAGGCCUUGUGGAGGGGUCUGCCAAGAGGAAGCGGGUUUUGAGCCCGGAGGAGCUGGAGGAGAGACAGAAGAAAAGACGGGAAGCAGCAGCCAAGAGAAAGAGGGUGAUGGAGGAGAAGAAGAGGAAAAAGGAAGAAGCUGAACACCAGAAGAAGAUGGCUUGGUGGGAGUCCAACGACUACCAGUCCUUCUGCCUGCCCUCCGAGGAGAGCGAGCCGGAGGAUGCCGAGGCUGGGGAAGAUGCCGAGGCUGGGGAGGACGCGAGCUCUGCUGAGCUGGAUUACCAAGACCCAGACAGAACCUCCAUUAAGUACGUCAGUGGUGAUGUCACCCACCCUCAGGCUGGGGCAGAGGAUGCGCUCAUUGUGCACUGUGUAGAUGACUCCGGCCGCUGGGGCAGAGGUGGUUUAUUCACAGCUCUGGAAACACGAUCUGCUGAGCCAAGAAAAGUGUAUGAGCUGGCUGGGAAAAUGAAAGACUUGAGUCUGGGAAGUGUCCUUCUGUUUCCUAUUGAUGAUAAGGAGUCAAGAAGCAAAGGUCAAGAUUUGUUGGCCUUGGUCGUGGCUCAGCACCGUGAUCGCUCCAAUGUCCUUUCUGGCAUUAAGAUGGCAGCCCUGGAAGAGGGCCUGAAGAAGAUAUUUUUAGCAGCAAAGAAAAAGAAAGCAAGUGUUCAUCUGCCACGUAUUGGACAUGCCACAAAAGAUUUUAACUGGUAUGGUACUGAGCGACUUAUUCGGAAACACUUGGCAGCACGAGGCAUCCCAACUUACAUAUACUAUUUUCCUAGAAGCAAGGCUGCUGCCCUUCAUUCACAGUCUUCCUCUUCCUCCUCCAGACAGCUGGUGCCUUAACAUUUGGCCCAGCAUCAGAUCCAGUUUUCAGCAAACAGCUAAUAAGAUAUUUUCCCAGAGCUACUGUCAGAGUAUUUCAGCAAGGAGUCAAGAUCUGGUGGCCCUCUGAGACGGUCUGUUUUCUGAAUCCUGAGUUUAUUCUGCUGGGUAUAUUACUCUGAUUUGGUACCUGUAAUACAGGGACACACAAUUUACCAGCUUACUUCAGAAAGUCCAUGGAAAGUAGAAUUAAAAGAUAAUACACAUUUUCCAUGAAAUCUCCUGUUUUGGAAAUUUGGAAAUUUCCUGUUUUGGAAAGCCCCUGGGCCCCAGUUUGCAUUGCUACUUGCAUAAUAAUAAAUGUUCUAUCUCUAAGAA